AAACACCUUAGAUUAAUUAAAUAGUCCGGAUAGGAGUAAUUAAAUGACAAGUGAGAGUGGCAACAAUGAUAGAAUAUGACGUCACGGGAUCAGCUGACACCUAACAACAACAACAACAACACAGACUCACAACACAACUCAGACCCUUAGUGUUGUGACGUAGUGGUUCAUUUGAGGUUAAUAUCUCGUUAGAAAUAGCUAGUUUAUGGGUAGAGUGGUGAAGAUAUGAACGCAGCUAACCACGCACAGUGCCAUAGAAGGCGAGGAUCAAGAGACGAGAGAGGACAAGGAGGUGAAAUAACCAAUAACAGCAAACCACAGCAACCAGAGAGAGGAGAACAGGAAGAAGAAACCACAACAGCAGGAGACCAUUUACUCGUCCAGGACGGUGAGGAGAAGCAGCAAUCACAGUUCCCUAAUCCACAACAAACAGACACCAGUAUGAAUAGGACGAUGCAGAUUAAGACCAGAACCUCGCGUGCCAAGCCAAGAGGUCGGUCUGGUUCCUGGUCUGGGGUCAAUGAGAGUGACGACGAGCUUGAAAAGAUGGCACAAGCGUUGAGUCAGCCGCCCCCAGAGAUCAAGGUGUCUUCGGCCGAGCAGAAUGGCGGCUCACGGUACGGGUCGAUCACGUCUAGCAUCAACAGCACCGGGCAAUGUAGUCCCCUCGAUGAUUCCGUGACAACUAAUACCACAACGGGUCUCUUCAGUCCUGAGGUCACGUCGGACAGGAUGAGACGUAGACUGAAGUUCUUUUUUAUGAACCCCAUGGAGAAGUGGCACGCCCGGCAACGAUUCCCGUGGAAACUAUUGCUCCAAAUAUUCAAAAUUAUCGUCGUCACCGCGCAGCUGUGUCUGUUUGCCCAGCAGCGCUACAACCACGUCAACUAUCUCUGGGACACCAAGAUCUCCUUUUCGCACCUGUUUCUUCAAGGUUGGGACACCACCAUGGAAAUACAGGUUUACCCUCCACCGGGGGGUCCUCUCGCUGUGUACAAAAAGUCGAGCUUUUUUGAGUAUUUGGAUUAUGCAGCAAUCACGUACGCCAACAUCCACGACACAGCGAUAGGAACGUACGCAUACAUGUACAAGAACGACAGCAUUGUGUCCCCGACCUUCUGUACCACGCAUUACGUCAGCGGUGAAGCCUUCUUGAAAAACAACUCCUUCAUCCUCGACAACAACACCACUAAAACGUGUAUCAACAUUCCCCCGUCAGAAGCCAACGUCACACACUGGUCCUCGAAGACAUACUUGGAACAACAGAACUUCACUUUAAACUUUGACCUCCUCCUCAACGCAGAAUUUGAAUUUAUUUUACGCACCAUCAAGUUGAGAGUCAGCCUUCCCUUCGAUACUCCAGAGUGUUACUGCAUGACGAGCAAAGUUCAGUUUAAUAAUCACGAUCACGACGGACAGAUGCUGGUGGACCUACAAGUGGGCGCCCAAGUGUUGGAGUGUGACGGUUCCGUACAGGUGGUCUCCGAGGCUAAGACUCUGAGAGUGUGGAGGAUGAUAAUCAACGUCACCAGUAUCCUCAUCUGCGUCACCUCACUCAUCAUGUGCGUCAGGGCCAUCUACCGAGCUCAGAUUCUUAGGAAGGCAACAGCAUCAUUUUUCCAUCGCCAUUACGGUAGAGAACUUACACUGGAGGAGCGGAUGGAGUUCCUCAACCUGUGGUACGUGCUGAUCUGCGUCAACGACAUUCUCAUCAUCAUCGGAUCAUUCUUCAAGAUCGGCCUCGAGAGUAAGUUAUUGCGUACAAAUCAUCCAGAAUUUGUGAAAAGCAGCUUUCAAGUGAGCUAUGACGGUUACCUCGACACAUGGAACAUCUGCUCGCUCUUCCUCGGUCUAGGCAACAUGUUUGUCUGGUUUGGGUGUCUCAGAUAUCUGGGCUUCUUCGCCACGUACAAUAUAAUGAUCCUGACGAUGAAGAAAUGUAUCCCAAACGUGUUACGCUUCUCCACAUGUCUCAUGAUGGUGUUUGCCGGCUACUGUUUGUGUGGCUGGCUCGUGCUGGGGCCCUACCACCUCAAGUUCCGCACCUUCUCGUCGACGAUGGAGUGUUUGUAUUCUCUCAUCAACGGAGACGACAUGUUCGCUACGUUCUCCUCGACGUCUGGGAAGGACCCGGUGGUGUGGUGGUUCUCCCGGGCUUACCUCUACUCCUUUAUCUCUCUCUUCAUCUACGUCAUUCUUAGUCUGUUUAUUGCUAUUAUUAUGGACGCCUACGAGACCGUUAAGCAUUGUUAUGAUGAUGGAUUCCCUGAGUCGGGAUUGAUGAAGUUCGUCAACGAGUGCACGGAAGAGCCCUCGAGCGGGGUCUUCCACGACGACGGUGACCGCACCAUUCACGACGUCAUCAACUCCCUCUUCUGCUGCGGACUCGAGAGAAACCACCAAGACAUGGAAUACGAGCCGCUCAUCACGUAAACACAACAACACGUAGCAUCGAGAAAGGCCUAUCAUCUCCAUGUCGCGUUUUGCAUCAGAAUAACAAUAACCUUCGGGUGUGUUAUGAUACAUGGGGCAGGUAUCUCGAGCACUGGAUUUGUAAACACUGGAGCGGAAAUUAGUACAGAUGAAAUUAUAAAGUGUGUAUUGGCACCGUAGUUUACAAAUGGCGAUGAGCGUCAGUUGGCAGCUUGUAUGGGGCGCACCGGGCAAGAACUAGAAUAGCAGCAGAAAAAAAUUUAAAAAUAAGUAAACACAUCUUAAGCCGGACUGUCACUUGUCUUGUUCAUGCCCGGAGCGACUCAUAUUUAAUCAAAAUUGUGUAAGUUGAUCACAGUUGAUGAAAAUGUAUAUGAAUUUAUGUUGUAUGCCAAUUUAUUAUCGUUUCGUGACAUCCUGACUCUAAAUUUUUUGUUUUAUUAUUGUUUAAUUCUGUACAAGGACACAGCAAAUAUCUUGUGUAAUAUUAAGUAUAUGUGAGUCUUUCUGCCAUUGUUGGAACCAAAGUAUUGUAUGUUGAGUCAUACACACACGUCAGACACCACCAGUCUCGAUAUAACUUCACACAUUUAACGACCAACAUUUCAGGAGUCGGUGCUGUAAACGAUAACCGCCAACGAAACGACAUAAAUACUGUCCUUGAAAUAUUUGCCAAGACGAACCACUGGUAAGAAUUGCUGCCUGUUUACUGAGGGAAUUACACUUUUGUUACAUAGAAUAAUUAGAAGCAUCUUGUAUAUGUUAAUAUAGAAACAUGACCUUUUUUCUACUAUACCAAAGCUGCUAUAUAUCUGCCCACUAUAUCUAACACACAUAAUAAACCCAGAGAUCUCUUAUAGACGAUAUAUACAGUCUACUAUAUGACUUAAGACAUGCCUAUGUUAUACAGAUCAACCAACAUACUGUACACCUUGGAUAUUUCAAGCGAUGUAUACUGUAACUCAAAGAUAGUAUGUAUUGUCUAUUCCUCAUGGAUAAUAAGCUUUAAAAUGUACAAUAUAUAACUGAUGAUAAAGUCACUACUGGUUAGAAAGAUUUGGAAUCACAUGAAGAUUAGACACCCCAGUUAUCUGAUGAUUAAAUACCCUUAAUUUAAACCAUUUACACCUGAUAAUUAAACACCUUUAACCUAACCAUCACAUAUGGGUGUUUCAUCAUCAGGCAAAAUAAACUAGUGUGUCUAAUCUUUAGGUGAUGUGAAAUUAUACCACAUUACUACUGACUAAAUACAUCUGUUUAUUAAGUAUUCAGAUGUAUCUAUGUGAUUACUAUACACUUACGGGUUUAAUGUGCACGUUGUCGGUGUUAUUGUGAGUGUGGCCUAAGGUGGGGGAGCAUUACAAGGGACAGCGCAUCGUACGUCUUUGAGCUGGUGUUUGUGUUUCCCGUCCACAACUUGGCUAUAAAAUGUCUGAUGGGAUUAUACAUUGGCUAUAAUUGUAUCAAGCAUUAUACAGUACAUUGACAAUAAAAUGUAUGAUGACAUUAUACAUUAGUUAUAAAAGGUAUGAUAGUAUCUUUGGACCCUAAUAUGAUCACAUAUGAUAAAUGUACACUCUGGGAGGUGUGUGUGGCCCUUGAUUUACAGGACGCCAUGUUUAUAAGCCAUUGUGUGCCGUAAUAUCAUAAUAAUUUGAAUUUAUCGUAACAGAAUUACAGUAAAACGUUAUUUGUGUCACGUACAAGUAUCUUAUUUUGGUCUGCGGGAAAUACAUUUGUUGUCUAUUGUUACAUGAGGACCAGAGAACAUUAUGUGCAGUGACCCCGAUGUAUGUACUGAGGGAAGAGGAAUGAUUCUUGCACAUACUGAGGGAAGAGGAAUGAUUCUUGCACAUAUUGAGGGAAGAGGAAUGAUUCUUGCACAUAUUGAGGGAAGAGGAAUGAUUCUUGCACAUAUUGAGGGAAGAGGAAUGAUUCUUGCACAUAUUGAGGGAAGAGGAAUGAUUCUUGCACAUACUGAGGGGACAGGAAUGAUUCUUGCACAUACUGAGGGGACAGGAAUGAUUCUUGCACAUACUGAGGGUACAGGAAUGAAUGACACAUACUGAGGGAAGAGGAAUGAUUCUUGCACAUACUAAGGGAAGAGGAAUUUGUAAGUAAUUGGUUUUAUUUUUAAUACGAGAAGUCCCGAGAUUCAUCUGUAUGUAAUCAUAUCCUGAAAAUACAGUCGAACCUCAAAAUGUCGAAUUAAUUUUCCCCAUAAAUAAUGUAAUCACCUCGACCAUGUAACACACCGUCCAAUUGGCGAGUUUGUCCGGUGAAAACUAAGGCAAUGGGUAGUAAUUGAUAAUGAUCGAAAAGGCGAGUUAAACGAACCUUGAACAGCCUAAUCUCGGGACUUACCUGGACAAGGAUCUUUUUCAGGAUACAGUAACUUUCCAGUAGUUUGACUAAUAGUAAAUAACAAAAACUGCUAUAGCUAAAUUUAUUACCAUUCCAGCUUAAAGUUUUGUUUUAAUGACGUUAUUUCUGAAUCAAAAAUCCUGAAAUAAAGUUACCAUUUUAUUUUAACAUGAUGGAUUAAUACCUUGUGAUGCUAAUUUUGUACAGUCUAUUACUUUAUUCCCUGUAUAUUUGUAAAUAGAUAAUUCUCUUUUAGGUGAACCAAGGAGUCUUGUUUAAUAGACAUAUUUCUAUUUGUUUUAAUAUCACCCAAAGUUUGAUUACACGACAUUCUCCCACACAAACUUGGACCGAACGUUACAGUGCUGUAUCCAGAGCCUGAGAAUAGGGAGAAGUUACAGUGGUGGGCAAAAUGUUAGGGAGGGGGGGGGGGGUCCAACCAGCCAUAAAGACAUACAUUAAGACAUAUUUAAUUAGUGUACAGUACAAAUAAUCUGUAGUAUGUAAUUAGGCUACAGUGUCAAUUGGUUCUGUAUUCUUCUGGGACAUCUAAAAGGAGGGGGGGGGGGGGUUACAAACAUGCAGUAACCCCCCCCCUCCUGGAUACAGCCCCGUUUUAAGCAACAUAUCCCGACUAGUCUUGACACACACAAAAUAUCUCAUAAUACUGUAUUGACCAAUUAAGUGACAAUAAGUAUGUAUGUGUCAAGACCAGUUAUAAUAUACUGCCAAGUGUUCAAUUAAGUUUUUGUUUGAAUAUCAAGUAAUGUCAAAUAAGUCAAACUCUCGGUGAAGUCGAGACAAAUGUUAUAAUUGAACUACGAAUCCAGACUUUUUUUGUGUCGCCUUUGAAUAUAUUGUACUGUCCUGUAUAUCUCGAAUUACUGCCUUACUAUUAUGAAUGAUGCCGUAGUGUCAGUAUACAGUAUGUAAUGUAGUAUUGUACCCUGUAUAUAUUUAACAGGUUCAGAUAUCCUGUUACGUUUAAUAUUCCAACACAUACAUUGCCUGUCCGAUCGGAUUAACCCCUAGAGUAUGGUGUAACCUCCGAGAAUAAAAUAAUCGGGUGUUAGCUAAUUAAAAUAUUAAAAAUGGCAUCCCCGUAGUGAAGGAGUUAGUGGCUAGGAGGUAGAUUGCUUGAUUUUAUAGAUUAAUAAUCGCACGUUUCUCAAAUGUACUGUGUUGUAGCGGAGACCAUUUGUAAUUUCAGCUUUUAUGGAUUACCUGAAGUAUAGACCUCCAGAUAAUUUAUGAGGUGGUAAAAUUUCAGGUGAUUACUUAUGGGGCUAAAUUUCAGGUGAGAACUUGAGGGGCUAAUCUUCAGGUGGACACUAGGGAGGAGGCUAAUCUUCAGUGACUCAAAAAGGCUAAAUUAUGAAUGGUUUAGACUACACCACUGCUGGAUUGGUAGUUGUCAUGGCCAGUGUUCAGCUUAUAAUGACAGUCAGGGGAUUAAUGUCAUCAUACUCAAGGGAUUAAUAUCAUCGUACAUAAGAGAUUUAUAACCUCACACACAAGGGGUUAAACAGUCAGCAUAAUUAAUGAGCUUGAGCUGCAUCUGACAGGAGGGGAUACAGUACUAAAUAUUAUCCCAAGAUACGUUAAUAUCAUAUUUUGUAGAGAGAAUGACUACAGAAGUGAUAGGGCCAAGAUAUACAGUACACAAGUCAAGGGAAUGAGUUACCUAAAUGAACUAUACCCUGACUGUCAUCUGAUGUGUUGUUACUUGGGACAGAUAUUCCUUCAGUUUAGGAGGGAGGGAACAUUUGACCCCGACUCUUCAAUAUACCUUUGUAAAAUUAUGACACCUACCUCUUUGGAAAGUUUUUGGAAGGUAUAUAUCUACUGUAUGUGUAAAAGUUUAUAUAAAAAAGUAUUUGGAUGUGAAAGUAAAUUAUCUGUUUAAAAUAUAUGUAUAAAACGACACAAGAUAAAGUAUUUGGAUGUGAAACAAAAUCAUCUGUUAUAUUUAGAAACUUUCCCUGUGUGUUCCUAUUAUGCCAUUGUCCUGUGUGUUACUGUAUUUGUAAAUAUUAUAUUAUACUUCAAUACAUUAUUUAUAUUUAA